CGUACUUAAAAAAGAAGUAGUCUUUCUUUCCUCAGAUAUAUACAUCGUCUCUGUACGCUGAGACUUGAGAGACCUUCUCUUUCAGAGAGAAACCGCGCCCAAAUCCGAUCUCCCGGUUCCCCCCCUCUCAAAUCUUGAAGUUGAGAGAUCAAAUCGAUUUUUGUGGUUUUCUAAGCGUGAGUGAAGAUGCUUCCUCUUUCUUUAUUAAAGACUGCCCAAGGGCAUCCUAUGUUGGUGGAGUUGAAGAAUGGUGAAACCUAUAAUGGCCAUUUGGUGAAUUGUGAUACUUGGAUGAAUAUUCAUCUUCGGGAAGUUAUCUGUACUUCUAAAGAUGGAGAUAGGUUUUGGAGGAUGCCUGAAUGCUACAUUCGCGGGAAUACGAUUAAGUACCUUCGAGUACCAGAUGAGGUGAUCGAUAAAGUUCAGGAAGAAACAAACAAGAGUCGCUCAGAUAGGAAACCACCUGGCGUAGGAAGAGGACGAGGAAGAGGUAGAGAAGAUGGUCCUGGUGGGAGACCAGCUAAAGGCAUUGGUCGUGGUUCUGAUGAUGGAGGCGGUAGAGGUAUGGGUGGAGGCCGGGGCCGGGGUGGUCCUGGCAGCAAAAGCGGUGGCAGCAGAGGUGGAGGCCGUGGCCGUGGGUGAUUUACAAUAUGUGAGAUUGAACAAUUGAAGGAAGCAGUAGACCACUUUUAUAACGGCAUUGCUCCUUGUUACACUAGAAUCAUGCUGUGUUGAAGCAGUGAGGGUGUGAAUGUAAGAUCUAUUUGGGUUUCCUUUUUUCUGGAUCUGAUACAUCUUGUUAUUAGAGGUGGUGGGUAGUGUUUGUGGUUAUGAAUUAAACGUUUUGCAACAGUGGGGUACUGCUGCAUGGUACUACUAUAGUAGUAUUUGGAAAGAAAAAAGGAAGUAUGUAUCUGUGUUUGAUUUUUCUUACUAAUGUUAGGUUGUGUUUCUUAUUAUUUGAGAUA